CACAAAACAGACGGGCAGCCUCUCAUCUCAUUGCCGUCCAACCCACAGUCACUGCACGGCAAGAACACAAGCUGCAGAGACAGGCUGUCCACUUUCUGGCUGAAAUGUGAUGAUCAGGCAUCAUAUCAUCUUAUGCUGUAUGUGAAUAUAACAGUAGGAGAAUUGGUGGCCAAUUCCCUUUGCCUUAUCACCGGGGAAGGUGCUGUGCUGUCAUCGUCGCUCCACAAUCAGCUGCAGUAGCCACAUGUAGAGGGGACUCAGCCUCCUCCUUGAUCUCUUUUUUUUUCCUACGCUGAUGCUGUCUCUCUCUGCUGAUGGAUAAAGGUCAUCUCUUACUGGAACAGCUACUGCAGGUUGCCGCAUUAAUCAGGAUUUUCCCCUGAACUUGGGAUGUAUGCAUGUGGAUUUGUGACCAGGAUUACAGCAGUAGCAUGGGACUUGGGAGACCAUUAAAACACCCCAGCUGUUAAACAUCUUACAGGCUGUGGAUAUAAGGAGCUGUUUAUUCAGAUACAAUCAAGAAUGAUGUACUCCUGGAUUGGUGUUAGUAAUCUUGGAUAUAGGUGGUAAAAUCAUGGGUAAAAUGCUCAGUGUACUCUGUUCACCUGAUUAUUAGUGCUAACCCCUGCUGCGUGGGGCCAUCUUCAUGUCUUGUAGGGCCAGAGGAUACAGCAAAAGGGGCUUGUGUUUUGUUAUGAAUAUAUAAUAUUGUAGACAAAUAUAAAAUUCUUAGUGUUGAUUAGACUGUACAAGGUGCUACUGCAUCCUGACUGUUGGUAUAUACCGUCAGUUUGACUGCCACUGAGUAUAGUUUGCAAUCUGGGCCUCUCAGGUAUAUAAGGCAAAUUGUGCUUGCCCAGUCAACAUGACUCACUUGCAGGCUGGCCUGUCCCCUGAGACUCUAGAGAAAGCUCGACUGGAGCUUAAUGAGAACCCUGAUACAUUGCACCAGGAUAUCCAGGAGGUAAGGGACAUGGUUAUCACACGGCCGGAUAUUGGUUUCCUCAGGACAGAUGAUGCCUUCAUUUUGAGGUUUUUGAGGGCCAGGAAGUUUAACCACUUUGAAGCUUUUCGCUUGUUGGCACAAUACUUUGAGUACCGCCAGCAAAACCUGGAUAUGUUCAAGAACUUCAAGGCCACUGAUCCAGGAAUAAAACAAGGACUUAAGGAUGGAUUUCCAGGCGUGCUCUCCAAUCUUGACCACUUUGGCAGGAAGAUCUUGGUAUUAUUUGCUGCCAACUGGGACCAGAGCAGAUACACACUUGUGGAUAUUCUCCGUGCGAUUCUGCUAUCUCUAGAAGCUAUGAUAGAAGACCCAGAACUCCAAGUUAAUGGAUUUGUUUUAAUAAUAGAUUGGAGCAACUUCACCUUCAAACAAGCAUCAAAGUUGACUCCAAGCAUGCUGAGACUAGCAAUAGAAGGUCUCCAGGAUAGCUUUCCAGCUCGAUUUGGGGGGAUCCAUUUUGUCAAUCAGCCAUGGUAUAUUCAUGCCUUAUACACAGUUAUUCGGCCCUUCUUAAAGGAAAAGACAAGGAAAAGGAUAUUUUUACAUGGUAAUAAUCUUAACAGUUUGCAUCAGCUGAUCCACCCAGAGAUCCUACCUUCUGAGUUUGGAGGGAUGUUGCCCCCAUACGACAUGGGAACAUGGGCAAGAACACUUUUGGAUCAUGAGUAUGAUGAUGAAACUGAAUAUAAUGUAGACUCGUACAGUAUGCCAACAAAAGUGGAUGUGGAAAAAGAUUUAUCUCCUAAAAACAUGAAGAGAUCUCAGUCCGUAGUGGAUCCUGGGGUGUUAAAACACAAUGACAAAAAUGAAGACGACACCACACAGCAGCCUCUACUGUCACUUGAUUAGCAGACCACGCUGUUGUAAGACUCACAAAGGAGGAGACGAUUUUCUCUUAAUAACUAAACCCUCUACUAGAAUGUACCAACUGGAAACAUAUGUUAAUGUUGUCAAAUGUAUUAUUACAACAGGGUUUCUCUUCUUUGCAAGUUAUAAGGGGCCACCAGUUAAUGCGUUUACUCUGUAAGUGCCAAUUUGUUGUUUGUAAAUAGAAUCCAAAGUAAUCUCUCUCUUUAGAGUUAUUGCUCUAAGUGCUCCAUUGAACACUUCUGUGAAAACAAAUGGAUGAACACCACUGCGUAUUUAAAAUUGUGUAAUGUACAAAAAAAAAAGAAUUACAAAACAAAAAAUAUAUUAAUAUAGUAGGAUUCAUUCUUUUAUAUAAAGCCAUAUA